AUGUCGAGCCCUGUGGACGUGACCUCGGACGAGUCGUGCGACGACGCCCAGCGCGUGCGCAAGCGCGAUAAGCAGCGCGACUUUCGGCGCAAGGUCCACCACCAGCUCGAGUUCCUUCGCGGGCGCGUCACCCACCUCGAGACGACGCUGCGGGCCGCGCGCGCCAGAAAGGCCAUGGUUCCACUGCCCUGGUGCGAGGUCGCGCGCGCCCUCAAGGCCGACGUCGUCGCGACCAAAGGCGUGCGCAAGUCGCUCCUUUUGCAAGCCGAGGACCACGCAGAGUUUCUCGAAGCCAUGGUCAAGUGGGUCCAAUCCCUCUCGCCCGAGCGAUCGCCGUCGCGCUUUCCGCUCUGGUACAAUGUCGGUCUCUGCGGCUCGAAUGCGUCUCGACGCGCGGCCUUGGACUGGAUCACGCAGCACAUGUACCACCACACGCCCAGUGUGCUCCAGCACAUGGGCUUCCACCCGACCGAUAUGACGCCAUCGCAGGCGUUCAUUUUCGACAACUCGAAAGGCUACAUCGAGUACAUUUACACGGACCGGCGCAUCCACUGCCCCGCGACGCUGCCCAAGGUGCUCGCCGCGUACCAGCGGCUCUACUACGCCAACUCGGUCGACUUUGUCGUCGCCGGGCGCAAAGUCAUGGACCAAGAUGAGCUCGGGAAGGACUUUAUCUACAGCCGGCGCGAAUUCAAAAACGAAAAUGUCGUCCACCGCGAGUUUGUCUCGGACCGCCAGAUCGUGCACGUCCAGCACAGCAUCCACGACGACAGCAAGCACCCGCUGGGUGCGAUCCACCGCCACCGCAUGGCCUGGAUCGUCCUCGAAGCUGUCGCGCCCAACAUGGUGGUGGAGACCAAAGUGUUUCAGAAAUCGCAGAGCUGGACCGAGGCCGCGGGGUACGUCUCGGUCGACGAAGAAGCGCGCAUCGUGGGGGUGUUUGAGGAGCCGCACAUGGACCAAGACGACUACGACAUGCUGCCGCCGUCGGUCCAAGAGGCGCAGCUCCGCCAGCACGUCACGUCGACGCUCUCACGCUGCAUGCAAACCCUCAACAAUGAGCUCGAAAUGGCGCUACAGCAACUCGACCUCGAGGACCCACCAGCGACGAUCGAGGCACCACCUCGGGAUGCGUCGUGCUGUCUGUACUAA